AUGGUUGAGUCCUGCUUUCCAGCAGAUUUUUUAAAAGCGUGGAAUCGUAGUAAUUCUUCCGAUUCUAAAACGGAAGCGAAGGAUCGAUUAAACAAUUUAAUGCAGUUUUUGAGGUCUGAAAUAAAGGGAGAGGAAGGAAUAUGCUUAACUGCAGCUGGUUUCGGUUUGGGGAAGCAUCAAGAUAAUAAUAAUAAGCCAGUAAAAAAGAAACAUUCUAGUGCAGAAUGUUUACGUAACAAGACACCGACAGCUGCAGCGCUGUUAACAGCUGAAUCUGUUUCCAAGGCUAAGAAAUCGUGUGUUUUUUGUGAUGGUAAACAUUUGAGUUCUGACUGUUUUUCCGCACAAAAAAUGAGUUUAUUGGAGAAGCAAAAAAUUUUAAAAGAUAAGCUUUGCUGCUAUGCUUGUUUAUCAUCUGGCCACACAGUCAAGAAAUGUCGAGUUUUCUUAAAGUGCUUGAUUUGCUCUAAAAAACAUGUGCCUCUUAUGUGUGAUGUGCUUGAUACACAAAUCAAAGCUGUACAGCCGAAAAAUGAAGAAAAACCGAUAGAGGGCGAAAUUAACUUGUCUAAUUUCAAAAGACAUACCCCCAGAGUUUUUCUUCAAACUUUGAAAGCGAACCUUAUUUCUGCCGGUACACAGAAGACUGUAAGAUUACUUUUAGAUUCAGCUUUGCAUAAAUCAUACAUUUUAAAGACUGUAGCCGAAGAAAUGAAAUAUUUGCCAGUUCGUCAGGAAAGUAUGGUACAUUCUCAUUUCGGGGGUGUUUUGACAAAUGAGUUGAAGCAUAAUUGCUAUAAAAUAAAAUUGAGAAGUUUGAAUGAAAAGUUUACGUGCAAUUUCGAAGUCCUAGAUCAAGCUACAAUUUGUGACAAUGUUCGGCCUGUGAUUAAAGAACUAGAAGAAAAUGGCAUAAUUUUAACAGAUGUCGUGGUUAAUUGCGAAACCAUUCAUGUUCUCGUCGGAGCCGACAUAAUGGGAAGGUUGUUAACCGGAAAUAGGAAAAUUUUGUCUUCGGGUCUCGUUGCUGUAGAAACUAGUUUACGAUGGACAUUAAUGGGUAAGGUGCCAGUAGAAGAAGCUCCUAAUGAAAACUUAGCAAAGGCGGUGACAUCAAUGUUUAUAAAUGAAGCUGAAGUUUCAAGUCUAUGGAGAUUGGAUUUAAUAGGGAUUAAUGAUCCUGUAGAAAAGAAAUCUAAACAUGAGAUUGAUCUUCAGACCAAAGAACAUUUUUUAGAAACCGUUACAGUAAAUAAUGAUGGUCGGUAUGAAAUUUGCUUACCUUGGGCUGAUGAUAAAUCACCUUUACCUGAUAAUUUUAGUUUAGCUAAAAAGAGGCUCGAGUACACUACUUCGAAACUUUUAGCUAUGAAUUUGUAUCAACAAUAUGAAAAUGUAUUUUUAAGUUGGAUUGAUGAAGGCAUCAUAGAAAUUGUGCCCACUUCUGAAGUGAACUCUUAUGGUAAUUACUUACCUCAUCGCCCUGUCCUGAAGGCAAGCAGCAGUACCACACCUAUUCGUCCAGUGUUUGAUGCUUCAGCGAGGUUGACAAACCAUCCUUCUCUAAACCAAUGCUUGCAGUGCGGUCCUAAUUUAAUCGAACUUAUUCCAGACGUCCUACUGCGAUUCAGAGAGCGGCGAUAUGGAGUCAUAGCGGACAUUAGAAAAGCCUUUCUACAAGAUAAGUAUUCGAAAAGAGGAUAG